CCCUCCGUAUCACAUCUGGAGGAACUUCACUCAGGGUAGCACAUUACCUCGAGACCUUCGCAAACAUUUGUCACAAGGAGUUCACCAAAAGAAAAAAAAAAGACCAUCAGUUGAACCAAAACAAGCAAAAAAAUAGACCACAUAUACGACCACCGAGACCACUUCGACCACGAGACCACUUCGACCACGAGACCAUGGACUCCAUACCAAGAGGUCUGGUUCCUGUGGUCGUCGACGCCACGCAAGAUUCCGACGCAUUUCUCGGACGUGCGACGUCGGCGAGCACAGACGCCCCCGAGGGUAACGAGUACGAUCGCCGCUUGCCAAACUGGGUGGAUUUCCUGGUGCUUGCCCUGUACUUCGCCUUCGUGCUUGCCAUUGGCUUGUAUUCGUCAUGGCGAACAAAGAGAGGCAGUGUCUCCAGCUAUUUUCUGGCUUCCAGAAACAUGCACUGGAUCCCGGUCGGCGCUUCCCUCUUCGCGAGCAACAUCGGCUCUGGUCACUUCAUCGGGCUGGCUGGAUCGGGCGCCGCGUCUGGCAUAGGUAUUGGCGCCUUCGAGCUCAAUGCGAUCUAUGUGCUUAUGCUGCUCGGUUGGAUUUUCGUCCCUGUGUACAUGAGUUCAGGAGUUUACACAAUGCCCGAGUAUCUUAGGGAAAGAUUUGGAGGCCAGAGAAUUAGGAUUUACCUCUCUGUCUUGGCUCUAAUCUUAUACGUCUUCACUAAAAUUUCGGCCGACCUGUAUGCGGGGGCACUCUUUAUCCAAACAGCCCUGGAUAAAGGAGACUCUACCGAAUGGCUGUACCUCAGUAUCCUUAUCCUGUUGGCCAUUGCGGCGCUGUUCACUAUAACCGGGGGUCUUACGGCAGUUAUAUGGACCGAUUUUGUGCAGACUAUUUUGAUGAUCAUCGGCGCCUUCAUAUUGAUGGGAAUGUCCUUCAGUGCCGUCGGGGGCUACAACCGCCUGGUGGUAGACUACUUCGAAGCCGUCCCUUCCCGCCUGACCUAUGAUGCCAACAACCGCACGUGCCCCAACGGCUUCCCGCCUACGGAUGCCCUGCACCUUCUGCGGGAUCCGGUGACCUCCGACCUCCCUUGGACUGGGGUCAUAUUCGGUCUCUCCGUUGGCUCCAUCUGGUACUGGUGCACCGACCAGGUGAUCGUACAAAGAACCCUCUCUAGUAAGAACAUGGUACACGCUAAGGCUGGUUGUGUCCUGGCUGCCGCCUUGAAAUUCCUUCCUAUGUUCCUUCUGGUGUUCCCGGGAAUGGCAGCUAGGAUCCUCUUCACAGACCGCGUGGCUUGCGUUGUGCCAAAGGAGUGUGAAGUAGUGUGUGGGAGUACCGCUGGUUGUACGAAUAUCGCUUAUAUUGAGUUGGUGCUUCGACUCCUCCCGACGGGUCUCUGUGGUCUGAUGCUGGCUGUGAUGAUGGCCGCACUCAUGUCCUCCCUCACCUCCAUCUUCAACUCGGCCUCGACCAUCUUCACCAUUGACAUCUGGACGAGGAUUCGACGAGGCGCGACAGACAUCGAGCUCCUCAUCGUCGGCAGGGCCUUCGUCCUCGUCCUCGUCGUUAUCUCUGUCAUCUGGAUUCCUGUGAUCCAGGGCUCGGCAAAUUCCCAGUUGUUCGUCUAUAUCCAGAGUAUUUCCUCGUUCUUAUCUCCUCCAAUCUGCGCCGUCUACCUCCUUGCUAUCUUCUGGCCAAGAACCACGGAACCGGGAGCUUUCUGGGGUCUGAUGAUUGGCUUGAUUAUCGGCCUUAUCCGGUUCAUUAUGGAAUACGCUUUUGUCGUCCCCCCGUGCGGAUCCACAGAACAGGAUCCUCGACCGGAGUGGAUCAAAAUCAUAGUCGGAAAUGUCCAUUAUCUCCACUUUGGCUGCAUUCUGUUCGUGAUCGUCCUCGCGGUGACGGUGGUCGUAUCCUAUCUCACCGAGCCGUCCCUCUCUCCGCAGCUCCACCGCCUCACCUUCUGGACGCGAGGCAGCACGGAGGUCCGAGUGUCCAUCCGCGAGUGGCUGAACAGGAAGAAGAACGCCGCUGCCUACUCGAAUGAGGUCGUGGCGGAGAACGGCGGGGGGGAGGUCGUGCCGGAGACUGAGGAAGGCGGGACGGAGGUCGUGUCGGAGAAAAAGCAGAAAUAUGCAGAGCGCAGUUCGUCGGUGUCGAGCAGCGGGGAAGAUCUUCCCUUGUGGCGGAGGGCUCUCAACUGCGUGUGCGGGGUCGAGACGCAGAAGGUGUCGCAGGCGCAGGAGGAGGACCCGGAAGAGCACCUCACGCCGGAGCAGAAGGCUACCAGGGCGGCCGAGUUCUUGGAGGAGAAGAAGCCCUGGACGAAUGUUGUAGAUGGAGCCUCUAUACUGGUCAUGUGCAUCGCUGCGUUUAUGUGGGGUUAUUACGCCUAAGA